GCGGGCAUCGGGUCACCAGGUAUGACAGCGGGCACUGGGUCACCAGGCAUCAGGUCAUCUGGCAAGGCAGUGGGCACCGCGUCACCAGGCAUUGGAUCGUCUGGCUCGACAGCGGGCAUCGGGUCACCAGGUAUGACAGGCGGGCACUGGGUCACCAGGCAUCAGGUCAUUUGGCUUGUCAGCGGGCACCGCGUCAUCUGGCAAGGCAGUGGGCUCCGAGUCAACUGGUAUGACCGCGGGCACUGGGUCAGACAUUGGAUCGUCUGACUGGACAGCGGGCACUGGGUCACCAGGCAUCAGGUCAUUUGGCUCGACAGCGGGCACCGCGUCAUCUGGCAAGGCAGUGGGCUCCGAGUCAACAGGCACGACAGUGAGCACCGGGGCAUCAGGUACCGGAUUGUCUGGCUCGACAGCGGGCAUCGGGUCACCAGGCAUCAGGUCAUUUGGCUUGCCAGCGGGCACCGCGUCAUCUGGCAAGGCAGUGGGCACCGGGUCACCAGGUAUGACAGCGGGCUCUGAGUCAAUUGGCACGACAGCGGGCACUGGAUCAGGUACCGGAUCAUCUGGAUCAACAGCGGGCAUCGAGUCAACUGGC